AUUUCCGGGAUUCGCCCUGGCGACGGAAUCGCAGUUCCGCGUUCUCGGGGCGACCGUGGACUUCCGAGCCAAACUUCCCGGAAGUUCCGUACCGAGCAGAGGGCCGUCGCGGGGGCCGCCGGAAGACGUAGUCCGGCUCGCGGGGGCCGCCGGGAGCUGUGUGCGUCCGGCCUGGCCAGUCAGCGCCGUGCUGCCCGCCCCUCACUCGGAACCCAGAGCCGCCGCCCAGGGGGAUGCGGGAGCCCCUGGUUUCGGGGAGCAGAGAGGCAGGCGGGGUGAGGGGCGUUGCCAGGCAACGGGCGAGCGCCGCGGUUGGGGAGCCGAGGACGGCAUGUCCCAGGCCCCAGGAGCACAGCCGAACCCGCCCUCCGUUUAUCACGAACGGCAACGCCUGGAGCUGUGCGCAGUCCACGCCCUCAACAACGUCCUGCAGCAGCAGCUCUUUAGCCAGGAGGCUGCGGAUGAGAUCUGCAAGAGGUUGGCCCCAGACUCCCGGCUGAAUCCCCAUCGCAGCCUCCUGGGCACCGGCAACUAUGACGUCAACGUGAUCAUGGCUGCCCUGCAAGGGCUGGGCCUGGCCACCGUGUGGUGGGACAGAAGGAGGCCCCUGUCCCAGCUGGCCCUGCCCCAGGUGCUGGGACUGAUCCUGAACCUGCCGUCACCCAUGUCUCUGGGGCUGCUGUCCCUGCCACUGCGCCGGCGGCACUGGGUGGCCCUCCGCCAGGUGGACGGUGUCUACUACAACCUGGACUCCAAGCUGCGGGCGCCCGAGGUCCUGGGGGACGAGGACGGCGUCAGGGCCUUCCUGGCGGCCGCCCUGGCUCAGGGCCUGUGUGAGGUGCUGCUGGUGGUGACCAAGGAGGUGGAGGAAAAGGGCUGUUGGCUGCGGACAGACUGAGCCUGCGGAGCAGGGAACCGGGCCACCCGUCUGUCCCUGUGGUCCCUGUGCGUCCGUGUCUGGCCCGAGCACCAGGGAAGGACUAGGCCCCGCACCUCAUGGACUCCGCGGAGUUCUUGACCCCUUUGCCGCACCCCCUGCUCCUCGAUGCCGCUGCUGCCUCAAUAAAUCUGCUCAUUUGCAACCGG